AACAUAUUUUUAUCCUCUGUCUUUGUGUGAUGUCACUAGUGGCAGAACUGUUGUAAUUGACUUGGUGGGGGGUGAUGGCGUCAUUUCGUGCCCUGGUGUACCCUCCCGUGCUCGAAAGUAGAAGGGAGAAGCAUCUUUAGUAGAGGCGAUCGUGGCUCCUUCGGCCGGGAUCGAGUACCGCCAAGCCGGACACCUCACGCCGGAAAAUAUGGAGGCUGUGGCCGAGGAGCUGCGGGCCGGCUCUCGGAUUCCUGUCACUGUUGAUCAAAUAGUUAACGAUACACUAGUAGUGACGCUUACCUAUCAAGAAAGGUGCUACAUGGGGAUAUUACUCGAUUGCAACAAAAAGACUGGGCUUUUCUGCCUACCGGAUAUCACAACAAAGCCAGUGGAAUGCCCUGCAUUGAAACCUGGUUGUGAAAUCCCUGAAGUCCUGAGAGAGGAGCCUGUUACUAAACCUCCCAGCCAGGCUUCACAUCAUAGACCAAAGGAUGAAAACACGCUCCCUGACAGUGACCCACUAGGUGCCCGUCUCCUUGCCCCACUGCCCACACCAGUGCCUGCCGGGCAGGGUCCAUACCCUCCAUAUUUUGAAGGAGCUCCCUUCCCUCAGCCCAUUUGGGUGCGCCACAGCUAUGGUCAAUGGGUACCUCAGCCACCUCCGCGAACCAUUAAAAGGAAGAAGAGGCGGACCCGAGAGCCCGGGCAGAUGACCAUGAGCACCAUCAGACUCCGCCCCCGGCAGGUGUUGUGCGAGAAGUGUAAGAACACACUGAACAGUGACGAGGACAGUAAGGACGGGAUGCCCACAACCAAGGCUUCCAGGAAAGAGAACGCUCCACAGAGCGAUGAAGACUCCAAAGACGGGUCUGUGAAGUUGGCCAGGAAAGAGGAUGCAGAUGCCACCAAGGAUAACAGCAAGAGGCGGGAGAAUGGCCCCACCGGCUAUGACAGCAAGCGGCUCCGGAAGGACAAGAGGGAUGAUGAACCAAAGUUCCCUGCAGUGGACAUCAUUCCCCACAGCCCGGUCAUCAAGAUCUCCUACAGCACUCCGCAAGGCAAGGGCGAGGUCAUGAAGAUCCCAGCUCGGGUCCACGGCUCUGUCAAGCCCUUCUGCCCUAAGCAGCUGAUGCAAAACGGCCUAAAAGGCCAGCAGGGCAAGGUGCCAGAGCCCACCACCCUAACCCAGACCCAGGAGCAGCGCCACAUCCUGGACGCCACCAGGACGGGCCUGACCGUGUCCAUUCCCAAACUCAAGCUCCCCAGGCCCCCAACGGCUGGCCUGGACUUCCCCUCCCCCAAGAUCCGAGUGAGGACCCUGGGGGACGGAGAGGACAGCCUGACGGUCUACGAUGCGGAGCUGGUAGAGAGGCAGAGCAGAAAGAGCCUCAGGGUCCCGGUCCCUCGUCCCUUGCCCCACUCGGAGGACUCUGGGGAGAAGACACCCAUGGAGCUGUGGUCGGGGAGCUCUGGAGAGGAGGCAGACCGAGGCCAAAGUGACCUUGCGCUGCUCAUCAACCUUCGCAAGAGGAAAGCGGACUCCUCCAGCCUGUCCGUGUGCAGCACAGACAGUCUAGACGAAUCCAAAUCCUUCAGCUCAGAUGGCACGUCCCCAGAGCUGUGCGACCUAGCGCCCGGCGAGCACAUCUCCUCCAUGUCCUCCUCGAUCUCACAAGACGACAGCAAGACUGUGCCGCCACUCACCGUGCGCCUGCACACACGUAGCAUGACCAAGUGCGUGACGGAGGAGGGCCACGCUGUGGCCGUGGGAGACGUCGUGUGGGGGAAGAUCCAUGGGUUCCCCUGGUGGCCGGCGAGGGUGCUCAGCAUCAGCGGCAGCCGCAAAGAGGAGUCUAACUGCGAGGCCCAGUGGCCAGAGGCCAAGGUGGCCUGGUUCGGCUCGCCCACUACCUCCCAGCUGUCCGUUGCCAAACUCUCCCCCUUCCGGGAGUUCUUCAGGUCGCGAUUCAACCGCAAGAAGAAAGGGAUGUACCGGCGAGCCAUCGUGGAAGCUGCCAAGGCCGUGGGCCACAUGAGCCCCGAGAUAACCUCUCUACUCACCUCUCACUGCGAAACGUAGAGGCUGAAGACUGAAGAAUGGUCUUCUGUCAGAGGUUGCGGAACUCUGACUCUUGAGUCGUCUAUCCCCAGGAGAGAGAGGGAGCGUAUGCAGUUUCCACGGUCACUAUUUAUACAGCAUUUCCCCCCCCCCCCCACAUGGCUGGAGGAAAAUGGCCGCUCAGGUGGAGUGUUGUUGACUGGAUAAGGGAGCAAGAAAGGGCAAUUUUGAGGCAUCUCAUGGACUACGCGGAACAAUUCCUCAAUUUUGUAUUUUUUUUAUUUUUUAGAUGUAACCAUAUUUCAAUAGAACUGAAUAGCAACACACUACAAAUCAGAAUGUAUUUAUUAUCUGUAACCAUUUAUUAUCCAUAACGAUUUAAGUUGACCGUUCUACAAUCCCAUAAGAUCUCCAUACUGCUGCUUUUGUGAGCGUUCCUCUCGACCGAUUGGUCGUGAAGCGGUUCAACGACAACCAGUCAGAGGACCUUGUCAGGUCCGUUCAGUCCCAGUGCCAUCCUCAUUGGAAGCCCAGCAACUCUUUUCGAAUAGACCAGGAAGCAUAUUCGCAACAUUUCUGGUGAAAAGUCUUACUCUAAGUUCUUUACUUUCCAAAUAUGAAAAUGUGAAACUGUUCCAUCCAGAGAUAGUACCGUAGUUUAUUCUAUCAUACAGUGUUUCAUCCUUGUAGCCUUCUUCAGCAUUGCUAGUUGGAUAUGUCGAUGUAACGUUAUUUAUACGUUUUUUUUUCUUCUCAAACGUUUCUCUCUUCCGUUUCAUUUUGGUUUGAAUACUUCAGAAGUGUGGUAUCUAUGGGUUAUUUGUGAGAGAUCCCAGAGUUAAUUUUGACGCACUUUUAAUUAUUUGUGUCAUGUAAAGAAAAGCACUUUAUCUGUACCUUUUGUGGCCUGCUGUGAGCUCAUUGUCCGGACACUAACUGGAGUGACAGGCAGCGGGAGUUCAAAUGUCCCACGUUGACUAUCCAUGGCCUUGGAGAUGUACUUUUUUUUUUAGUUUUGGGAUGCCAGAGAUUGAUCCUUUCAGGGGUGGUUGUGUACACUGUAUUCUUACAUUUUUGUGUCCGGUGUGUCUUUGUACAUUCUCUCAACCAACCCCAGUUCUAUCCCCAUCAAAUGUUUCCACUGGAGAGAGUGGACAAAAGUGUCAAACACUAUGCAUCAAUUAAAGCUUUAUAGUCACUCAGAAAUGCUGUAAGAAUACUGUGAGUUCAACUCUUUGAGUGUGCGCGUGACGGUGUGGGGAGAUAGGUGGCUGCUCACUACUGGCUACAUGUCUGGAGAUGGAGGGACUGCAGGAUCGACCUUUAUUGAUCUUAGUUGAAAGCAGCACUUUUGGAAUGUAGGGGGAAGGAAGUGGAGUCAGGACAUAUACUACAUGGCCAAAAGUAAUGGGGACAUUCUUGGAAUUGGUGUAUUCGGCUAUUUCAGCCACACCCGUUGCUGACGGGUGUAUAAAAUCGAGCACACCGCCAUGCAAUCUCCAUAGAC